AUGGGCGAGCAUAAUCUCUUUAAUCCGGGGUUUGUUGGACAAUUGGUUAACAUUAAUGCAAGAGAUGCAUUUUACCUCUCCAAUUUCCGUGCGUCGGGGGGACAGCUAGCAGGACUGCAAACCCUCCGCUUAUCCAGAAGAGAUAAUGUCUGCUCUUUGCCUUGGAACCCAUCGGAAGCAUGCAGUGGAUACCCACAAUCUCAUAUUAGCGGCCCCGUUACCCUAAACCACACAUACAAUCAAUCAUGCGACAUUACUCGGCAGGAAGACAACAAAUGUUUUUAUAGUGACAGUGCAUGCGCCACCAGCGGCGGUGGUGACAAUAACAGUACCAAUCUUAUAUCAAAAGAGAAAGCAUUGGAUAACUCAUCUGUAUCCAUUACUGCAGAGAACGGACAGAACAAUCUGAACGGAAUGGACAACGGAGGAAGUUAUUCAAAAUAUGACUGCCUGACACCUGCAGAACAGCCAAUCCCAAAUCCUCGUUUGUGUCGGUCUCUUGAAUCGGUUUCUGGCUGUUCGUUCAUAAACGAGGGGGCCAAGACCUCAUCAGGCAUCACGCAUUCACUAACAUCCCCUGACAUCCAAACAAGUGUUGCAGCACUAAACGGAGGUGCUCUGUGGUACCCAAUGCACAGACAAACUCGAAAGAAGCGUAAACCAUAUUCAAAACUUCAGCUGAACGAGUUGGAGGGCGAGUUCAUCCUCAACGAGUUCAUCACCAGACAGCGGAGGAGGGAACUGUCUGACCGGCUAAAUCUCACGGACCAACAAGUGAAAAUCUGGUUCCAAAAUCGUCGAAUGAAGAAGAAAAGGCUCUUGAUGCGAGAGCAGGCUUUAUCUUACUUUUAG